CACACUCACUAAAGAGCUGCUGCUGCAGGAGGACAUGAAACUGCUGUGAGGACUACUGCACCAUGCAAGCCGUCAUGAAUUUCAAUGUACUUGAGCGCCAAGCCAGCCAGGACAGUUUCCUAGUGGAUAAUACUCUGAGGAAGAAGUGCUCCCUGUGGUACAGGCGUUCACUGAGGGGAAACAGUGAGAGGUCACGGCAAAAUACAGGCUCUCUGUCCAGGGUGCGCAAGACAAAACAAUCCUACUCCACUUCUCUGGUUGAUUAUUCAGACCCACAAAGAACCACAAUUGUACUGGAAAAGCCAGACAAUGGAACAUUUGGGUUUGAAAUUCAGACUUAUGGUCUGCAGCUGAGGGACACUUCUGCAGUGGAGAUGUGCACGUUAGUGCGCACAGUGCAAGAGGACAGCGCAGCUGACAGCGCUGGUCUGACUGCAGGAGAUGUUAUCAUAACUAUUAACGGGGCCAGCAUUGAAGGAUUUUCUCAUGAACAGGUGCUCAACUUGAUCAGAGAGUCGACUAACAGUCUAAAGAUUGAGACUGUAAGUGGGACUGUUGUGAAGCAGAUCGAGCUGGAGAAGAAGUUGAACCUGCUUAAGCAAACGCUACGUGAGAAAUUGGUGGAGCUGCAAGCCCUUACUUUACAGGAAGACCGCCUGACGAGAGGUAACAUGAGCAGCAGCAGCCUUCAGCUCUCAUUGGACCAUUCAGCCAUCCUCGACUCCCCAGCAGGCCGCUACAGCCGCCGGUUCUCCAGCGGCAGCAGCUUCAGGAGCGUGAUGACUGAUAGCAGUGACCAGGUCAGUGUAUUUGGAGACGUCAGCUCGCCCAGCCCCUUCAGCGAAACCAGCACUGCAAGUGACAGAUGCUUCUUCCCUGGAGAUUUCCCCUCACACGACAACUCCAGCCAACAUCACCAUCAACUCCUCUGCCGUUCCAGCAGCUCCAGUCUGGCCUCUAGCAACAGCUCCCUCUCAACUCCUCCUUGGGAGGAAACGAGGAUUUCCUCCUUGUUUGGUACCCUGCCCCGCAAAGGCCGGAGGAGUGUUCGUAAAAACAUCUUUAAGUUGAUUCCUGGACUGCAGCGAUCGGUUGAAGAGGAUGAGACAAACACUCAGUGACAUGUUACUCAAAAGCUCUGUGUUACAACGGGCUAACAAGGUUCUCAUGUUUUCAACGAGUUACAAAAAGACACUUUAAAUGAUGUGCCAUUUGCCACUUAAAUGUCUUUUUAAAGCGCCUGUAAGGAAAUUGGCAUGUAUUGACUUUGGCGCCCCCCUGUGGACAAACGGCUUGUUAUUGCUUUCUCAUUUUGUCCUGCACCUGUGUAGUCGGAAUUUUUAAAAGUAAACAAAAGCUGUUUCAACUGCACUUCAUCUGAUACAUACCCAAGGCAGCAGUUUCACAUACUUUAGUAACUAUAUCCUCCUGAGACCCAUGCCUUUGUUUGGAAUGCACUUUUAGUUUCUUCCACUUAUUUGAGCUAAGUCAGAUCCAAUGUAUAUAAACCCAAAGCCCUGUCUUUGAAUAGGAAGAAGCUUUCACCAAAAGAUGAUGCCUGCAUAUGAGGACAACAGACCUAUCUUACUACACAAUACAAAACAAAACUGUUCCUUUAAUUUUGGGAAGUCAAUUUGACAAAAUCUGUUUUUUUUUCCACUAAAAAUUCUUGAGGUGUUGGAAAAUUUCCCUUAAAUUAUCAGAGAUUUCCUAAACCCAAAGAAAUAUCAAUACAUUCCUUACAAUUUCCUAGACAAAUUGGAAAAAAAUCUUGAACAUUUUUUUAAAAUGAUCCCUAAAUUACCAUAAACUUUACCCCAAAAAAUCUGUAAAACUUACUGAGAAGCUUUAGAUUCAAAUAUUUUUCCCCAAAAAAUUCAAUUAAAAUAUCUGAGGAAAUUCACCCCUUUACAUGACGAGUGAUUAAUGCACCCACAGCAUAAAAUCACUGUUUCAGUGGUUAAAGUGACUCGUUAAGGCAGUGUUACUCAACCCUGCACAACCAAAGAGCUAAAUAGCCACAAUCUAAGAGGUGAAAACGGCAAAAAUGGCUUGACGUAGCAAUGAAAAGAAGUUAAAGGUUGCAAAAAUGGUCAA